AUGGAGAUGCUUGUUCCGAGGAGGCUAAUGUGGUUUUUGUUCCCGGCCCAGAGAGAUCUGAUCACGGUAAUUCCCAUCAACACCACCACCAUCACCACCAUCAUCAUCAACCCCCCCACCAUCAUCACCAUCACUACCAUCAUCACCAGCAUCAACACCACCGCCAUCACCACCAUCACCAUCAUCAUUACUACCAUUAUCAUCAACCCCCCCACCGUCAUCAAUACCAUCACCAUCAUCAUCAUUAUAAACACUACUAUCAUCACCAUCACCACCACCAUCACCACCAUCACCAUCAUCACCAUCACUGAGAUCAUCACCACCAUCACCAUCAUCACCAUCACCGAGAUCAUCACCACCAUCACCACCAUCACCAUCAUCACCAUCACCGAGAUCAUCACCACCAUCACCACCAUCACCAUCAUCACCACCAUCACCACCAUCACCAUCAUCACCAUCACCGAGAUCAUCACCACCAUCACCAUCAUCACCAUCACCGAGAUCAUCACCACCAUCACCACCAUCAUCAUCAUCACCAUCACCGAGAUCAUCACCACCAUCACCACCAUCACCAUCAUCACUGUCGUUGCUAUGGCCACUGUCCUCACUAUCGUUGUUGUCGUCAUCUUGGAGAUAAUGCAUUCCAGACAAAGAGGGUGCAGAAAUGAGGCAUCCCUGGAGAGCUGA